UAGGCCGUGGCGGUGGCGGCGGCGGCCGAGGGCGCGGGGCAGCCAUGGGGGUGCGCGGCGCGGGCCGGCUGUGGUGGGGCACGGUGAGCUGCACUUUGUUCCUGGCAGUUAACGGUUUAUAUUCAGCCAGUGAUGAUGUGAUAGAGCUCACACCAACUAACUUCAACAAGGAGGUCAUUCAGAGCGAGAACCUGUGGCUCGUGGAGUUCUAUGCCCCAUGGUGUGGUCAUUGUCAAAGGCUAACUCCUGAGUGGAAGAAAGCAGCAACAGCUUUAAAAGGUGUAGUGAAAGUGGGUGCAGUAGAUGCAGAUAAACAUCAGUCCUUGGGUGGACAGUAUGGAGUCAGAGGGUUUCCAACUAUCAAGAUAUUUGGAGCCAACAAAAACAAAGCAGAGGAUUAUCAGGGUGGCAGGACAAGCGACGCUAUAGUUGAUGCUGCUCUAAGUGCUCUUCGGUCCCUGGUGAAAGAACGUCUUCAUGGCAGAAGUGGAGGAUACAGCUCUGGAAAACAGAGCCGGGAGAGCGGAGGUGGAGAUAAGAAGGAUGUGAUUGAGCUGACUGAUGACAGCUUUGAUAAGAAUGUCAUAAAUAGCGAUGAUGUGUGGAUGGUGGAGUUUUAUGCCCCAUGGUGUGGGCACUGCAAAAACCUGGAGCCAGAAUGGGCAGCUGCUGCCACUGAGGUGAAGGAGCAAACAAAAGGAAAAGUAAAGCUGGCUGCAGUAGAUGCAACAGUCAACCAGAUGCUGGCAAGCCGAUAUGGGAUUCGUGGAUUUCCCACCAUUAAAAUCUUCCAGAAAGGAGAAGACCCUGUUGAUUAUGAUGGUGGGAGAACUAGAUCUGAUAUCAUUGCUCGUGCUCUGGACCUGUUUUCUGAUAAUGCACCGCCACCUGAGCUCCUGGAGAUAAUUAAUGAGGAUGUUCUGAAAAGUACCUGUGAUGCUCAUCAGCUCUGCAUCAUUUCUGUCCUGCCUCAUAUUCUUGACACAGGAGCUUCAGGGAGAAAUUCUUACCUGGAUGUCAUGUUAAAAAUGGCUGAAAAAUACAAAAAGAAAAUGUGGGGGUGGCUGUGGACAGAAGCAGGUGCUCAAUCAGAUCUUGAGAGCUCUCUGGGGAUUGGAGGCUUUGGGUAUCCAGCAAUGGCUGCUGUUAAUGCUCGGAAGAUGAAAUUUGCCCUUCUGAAAGGAUCAUUCAGUGAGCAAGGGAUUAAUGAGUUUCUCAGGGAGCUCUCUGUUGGUCGUGGUUCUACAGCACCAGUGGGUGGUGGAGCUUUCCCCAAAAUUCAUUCAGUUGAACCUUGGGAUGGCAAAGAUGGUGAGCUUCCAGUUGAAGAUGACAUUGAUCUCAGUGAUGUGGAUCUGGAUGACUUGGGUAAAGAUGAGCUGUGAGAUCUUCAGGAAACUUCUUUUCUUGGGAGAGCCUGCACAGCAGUUUGCAGCCUGGAUCACAGUCAGACAGAUAUUUCAGUGGCCUUUUUAUGGAGAAGUAGCACAUGACACACUGUGCUAUUGGAUGCACUGCAGCAGUGGACUGUACGCAUCUCAAGAAAACAUUGCAGAAAUUCUAUGAAUUGUCAUAACCAGUAAACUUGAUUGUAUUCUGUGUAACAAAUAUUUUGAGGACAACAUGGAUAUUUCUUUGGAACAUCUUGGGUUUUAUUUUGUUGAUAAUGUGCUGUUUGAGUGUUACUGGAGGCUGAUAGUGUAACCAAUUUUAACUGUAUUUUUUUUCAUGGAGGUGGAACCUGCUCAGCUUCUGUUUCAAUUAAAGAAUAAAAUAUUUUUUGACACACA